UGAGGAAUCCUGUCCGCGCAUUCAGAACGUUGACGUACGUUAUUGAAGCAGGCGCAUGCGCAUUAAUGUCCUUCCUGAUACUAAUUUUUGUAGCAAGGCUAGUGUAGGUUGUAUGAACGGACAGCGGGGUUUCAUUCACAGCUUUCUAGAAAUUUCCUCUCCCCAUCGCCAAUACACAGUACUGUCAGCACGUAGUAUUGUUUAUGUUUGGAGAAAUUCUGGACUAAAAGGGAAGAAUUUCAACUCAUAUCUGCGUAAUAUUGUUGCUAUUCUCAUCUCGACAACAAUACGCAGUUGGACGCACGCUGAUGGCGGUCACUAUCGAGGAGCUGUAUCGUAACUAUGGGAUUCUUGCUGAUGCCAAGCCGGAGGACCUGAGCCAGGUAUGCGUGAGAUGAAUAACUAGUUCGUUAGGUAAUUGAAGUAUCUUCUAGAAUAGCUCGUUUUUUCUUCUUCAAAUAAGUUACAGCAGUGGAAGCCAGAGGUUAAAGUUAUGCCGAUCCACAACCAUUGGUUAACUACCUAGUUAGCAUCGCAUAUACAUGCUAAACUAGCGUUAGCUUGUUAGCGAGCUAAAAUGGGCCUAACUAGCGAGCUAAUCCUGUUUCACUUGAUUUUCCCGGCGUUUGUAGCGUAGUUUGCCUGAUAACUCAUGGAAAUAACGUUAACUAGGCGCUAUUAAUUUCCAUUUCUAGCAAGCAAGGUAACUAGUUAGUUAAGUUACCUGACGACGUUUUUAAUACAUUUUAGUUGGCCUAGCCAACUAGCUAGCAAAGUCAAAACAGAACACACACCGCUAGCUAGCCUCAUGCUAGCCAAUUGAUUUGACCUGACCGUUGUCCCACUAGCUAGAUAGCGGAUAGCUAGCUAACUGUCUAAAAUGAGUUGUUGAUUGCCUUGCACAGCUACUGAAAAAAAGUAAUUGUGCCAUGGCAUGACUUGCAACUUGUUAUGAUGUUUAGAUUUACAACGUAUAACUCAAAGGCUCUCUUACUAUAAUGUUGUUAGCUAGGUAGGUACUACUGCUGACAAAUAGCUAGUAUAAUGCCAAGGGAUUCAAGUAUUGCAUGCUUGUUAGGCAGAACUCUCAUCUCUAGUCUCUACUCAAUAAUUUUGACCGACACUUCACCGGAAGCUUUUGCAUUCAUGUUGGACAGUUAUGUCCUAUAUUACAAACUUGAUUGUGUAUCCAUUUGUUUGUAUCUAUCCUCCAGCACAAAGAUGCCUAUCAGGUGAUCCUUGAUGGAGUGAAGGGGGGUCCCAAAGAAAAGCGCUUGGCUGCACAGUUCAUUCCCAAAUUCUUCAGCAGUUUCCCAGAGCUGGCGGAUGCGGCAAUCAACGCUCAACUUGACCUGUGUGAGGAUGAAGAUGUUUCAGUAAGGAUUUUAUCCCAGUGGGACUAUCAUUUCCAUUUGGGAAAUUCCAUUGUGCAGAAUGGGAUUGACGAAAUACAACAUGCAUAUACCACUACACACAAUACAAAAAUACACCACUAUACAAAAAGUUCGAUUUGAGAAAUGGAUCAAUAUAAAAGAGUAUAGUUAAUGCCUGGUCACAGUAGUCUCACUACUCCAUUUCUCACCGGUUGUUGGUUCUUCUUCUUCCUUCCUCCUGUAGAUUCGGAGGCAGGCCAUCAAAGAGCUCCCCCGUUUUGCAGCCGGGGAGAACAUCGUCAGGGUAGCAGAUAUCCUCACCCAGCUUCUCCAGACAGGUACAGUACUCUUUAAGCUAACCCGCCUAGACAUUUUCACAUGUACCUUAUAGUGUUGUUGUGAAACCAACAUUUUACUUACAAUACCAGGCCAAGUAUCGCGAUACCACUGAGGGGGGAGUGGCUUAGUGGAAUAUACGUGCAUAAUGAUCUGCAUGUCAUUGUGGUAGUAAUGGAUAACACUACAUGAAACCUUUACUCUUCACUUAACAAACACAAAUCAAAUCACAUCUCCCUCUCUCCCACAAAUACACACACCACUGUCUCUCCCACAAACACAUACACACACACACCACUCUCACACACACACCACUCUCACACACACACCACUCUCACACACCACUCUCUCACACACACACCACUCUCUCUCACACACCACCUCUCCUCUCACACACACACACCUCUCCUCUCACACAACACCCACCCACCUCUCUCUCUCUCUCUCACCACACACCACCCUCCUCUCACCUCCCCUCUCACACACACACCUCUCUCUCUCACCUCUCACCACAACACACCUCUCUCUCUCACACACUCCCCACACACACCUCCUCUCUCUCUCACACCCACACCACUCUCACACACCCUCUCUCUCACACACACACCACCACCACCCACUCACUCCUCUCACACACACAACACCACCUCUACAUCUCUCCAACCACACACACCACCCCACUCUCUCUCACACACACCACUAUCUCACUCACACACCACACACCACCUCUCUCACAACACACAACACCACUCUCAUCUCACCACUACACACCACAAAACACUCUCUCUCACAAACCACAACCCACCAACCACUCUCUUUCUCACCACCACACCACCCACCACUCCCUCUCUCACACACACCACCACCCACUCUCUCUCCACACCCACACCACACACCACUCUCUCUCUCUCCCACACACACACUGCUCCCAACUUUUAAAACGUUAGGCACCAAACAGAAUAUAAGGUGCUACAGAAGGAGAGAUGUUUGAUCUAGUUUAGUCUUCCAUUAGUCCUGUAUGACUCCUACCUUUUGAAGCACAUCUCAUGAAUAGCAGAACCUUUUUCUUUCUUCCUUGGCCAAUCAGAUUGGCUUAGACCUACUGUCCAGUUACCAGGUUGUUAGCUAGCUAGGUAACUGAACUACGUUGUUUGUUAUCAAACCAAUAAUUGGUGACCCGGGAUUAGUUUAAAAUUGGCCCGCGACAUGGUUUGUGAAAUUAUAUAAAAUGCAUGCGAACCCCAUAGAAAGAGAAAAGGUAUCUUGAACAGAAGACUCAUCAGGGACUGCAUCCCCACUCACCAUCACGGUUAAAUUAUAUUUAAAAAAACUGACAGAGGAAUAGAUGCAGACGGGGAGAAGCAGGUGAGCUGCCGCUCAUGAAAGUGAAGUAUUUUUUUAAAUUAUUGGACCAGCGCGUACUAGUGGCUGUUGCUUAAAUUCAACUGAAUUUAUAAACAUUUUAUAGCAAGCGGGACUGAAAAAUUAGGUAAUAUAUGAAACGGUACUACGUUAUACUAAAAUGUUGGUAUUUUGACGAUUUGGUACUGUAAUAUUACAGUUGUACCAGUAUACCGUGAAAAUCAAAUUUUAUUUGUCACAUUAACGUGUUUAGAAGGUGUAGCGAAAUGCUUGUGCUUCUAGCUCCGACGGUGCAGUAAUAUCUAACAAUUUCACAACAUAUACCAAAUACACACAACUAAUAAGGAAUAGAAUUUAAGAAAAUAUACAUAUAUGGACAAGCAAUGACAGAGCGGCAUGGACUAAGAUACAGUAGAAUAUUAUAGAAUAGAAUGCAGUAUAUACAUAUGAGAUGAGUAGUGCAAGAUAUGUAAACAUUAUUAAAGUGACUGUAAACAUUAUUAAAGUGACUAGUGUUCCAUUUCUUAAAGUGGCCAGUGAUUUCAAUAGGCAACAGCAGCCUCUAAUGUGCUAGUGAUGGCUAUUUAACAGUCUGAUGGCCUUGAGAUAAAAGCUGUUUUUCAUUCUCUCAGUCCCAGCUUUGAUGCACCUGUACUGACCUCGCCUUCUGGAUGAUAGCGGGGUGAACAGGCAGUGGCUCGGGUGGUUGAUGUCCUUGAUGAUCUGUUUGGCCUUCCUGUGACAUCGGGUGCUGUAUGUGUCUUCGAGGGCAGGUAGUUUGCCCCCGAUAAUGCGUUCGUUAGACCGCAACGCCCUCUGGAGAGCCCUGCGGUUGCGGGCUGUGCAGUUGCCGUACCAGGUGGUGAUACAGCCCGACAGGAUGCUCUCAAUUUUGCAUCUGUAAAAGUUUGUGAGGGUUUUAGGUGCCAAGACGAAUUUCUUCAGCCUCCUGAGGUUGAAGAGACUCUGUUGCGCCUUCUUCACCACACUGUCUGCGUGGGUGGACCAUUUCAGUUUGUCGGUGAUGUGUACGCCAAGGAACUUGAAGCUUUUUCACCUUCUCCACUGCGGUCCCAUCGAUGAGGAUAGGGGGGUGCUCCCUCUGCUGUUUCCUGAAGUCCACGAUCAUCUCCUUUGUUUUGUUGACGUUGAGUGAGAGGUUAUUUUCCUGGCACCAUACUCCCAGAGCCCUCACCUCCUCCCUGUAGGCGGUCUCGUCAUUGUUGGUAAUCAAGCCUACUACUGUUGUCGUCUGCAAACUUGAUGAUUGAGUUGGAGGCGUGCUUGGCCACGCAGUCAUGGGUGAACAAGGGAGUACAGGAGGGGGCUGAGCACGCACCCUUGUGGGGCCCCAGUGUUGAGGAUCAGUGAAGUGCAGAUGUUGUUUCCUACCUUCACCACCUGGGGGCGGCCCGUCAGGAAGUCCAGGACCCAGUUGCACAGGGCGGGGUUCAGACCCAGGGCCUCGAACUUGAUGAUGAGCUUGGAGGGUACUAUGGUGUUGAAUGCUGAGCUAACGUCAAUGAACAGCAUUCUUACAUAGGUAUUCCUCUUGUCCAGAUGGGAUAGGGCAGUGUGAUGGCAAUUGCAUCGUCUGUGGAUCUAUUGGGGCGGUAAGCAAAUUGAAGUGGGUCUAGGGUGACAGGUAAGGUAGAGGUGAUAUGAUCCUUGACAAAUCACUUCAUGAUGACAGAGGUGAGCGCUACAGGGCGAUAGUCAUUUAGUUCAGUUACCUUUGCUUUCUUGGGUACAGGAACAAUGGUGGCCCUCUUGAAGCAUGUGGGAACAGCAGACUGGGAAAGGGAGAGAUUGAAUAAGUCCAUAAACACACCAGCCAGCUGGUCUGCGCAUGCUCUGAGGACGCGGCUAGGGAUGCCGUUUGGGCAGGCAGCCUUGCAGGGGUUAACAUGCUUAAAUGUCUUAAUCACAUCUGCCACAGAGAAGGAGAGGCCACAGUCCUUGGUAGUGGGCCUUGUCAGUGGCACUGUGUUAUCCUCAAAGCGGGCGAAGAAGGUGUUUAGCUUGUCUGGAAGCGAGACGUCGGUGUUGACGACGUGGCUGGUUUUCCUUUUGUAGUCCGUGAUUGCCUGUAGACCCUGCCACAUACGUCUCGUGUCUGAGCCGUUGAAUUGCGACUCCACUUUGUCUCUACUGAUGUUUUGCCAGUUUAAUUUCCUUGCGGAGUGAUUUGCUACACUGUUUGUAUUCUGCCAUAUUCCCAGUCACCUUGACAUGGUUGAAUGCAGUGGUUUGCGCUUUCAGAUUGGCGUGAAUGCUGUCAUCUAUCCACGGUUUCCUGUUAGGGUAGGUUUUAAUAGUCACAGUGGGCACAACAUCACCUAUACACUUCCUGAUAAACUCAGUCAUCGUUUCAGUGUAUUCGUCUAAAUUAUCUUCGGAACAUAUCCCAGUCCGCAUGAUCAAAACAAUCUUGAAGCGUGGAUUCCGAUUGGCCAGACCAGCGUUGAAUAGUCCUUAGCACGGGUAUUUCCUGUUUGAGUUUCUGCCUUAUACCUUAUGACAAACCUAUGCAGUACAUGCCAUGUUGAGGGAAAGUGUUGACUCUCCUGGGAGUGGACAAUAUGUAUGUCAUGGUGUAGUUUGGGUCGGUGCCAGAAGGAGAUAUGUACCAUCUGUGAUGCUGUUGGACCAAUUUUUUAUACUCUUCUAUACGUUGGUGCUUACAGACGAUUCGGCCGAAUUCAACCAAGUGAACACAGCGCUGGUCUCCAUCUUCAAGAUGGACGCAAAGGGUAAGUGUCCCUUUUUGAUCUCUCGUGUAUGAAUAGGUUUUAAAUUGUGAAAUUACAGACAACUUCACUAGUGAACAGGCAGGGGGGGGGGAAUCGAGGCAAGAAAGGGUACUAGAACAGUGUAUUUCAGUGUAACCAACCUGUAUUUCUCUGUUCUGUCUCAGCUACCCUGGGAGGCCUCUUCUCUCAGAUCCUGCAGGGGGAGGACAUAGUAAGGGAGAGGGCCGUCAAGUUCCUCUCCAUCAAGCUGAAGACGAUGCCUGAAGGACACCAUGACCAAGGACGUGGAGGACUACAUCUUCACAGAGACAAAGAAGGUUUGUUCCACUCUGCUUUGGUAGAGCAACGAUCACAGUGAAGAACCUGUAGUGAUGCACCUCCUGCUUGGGGCUGGUUAGUAGAGCUCUUUGUGAAAAGGCUCGGAUGGAUUAGAAUGAGUUUUUAUUAAUGUUAUUUAAUUGACAAACUGAAUACAAGAGCUCCAUAGGUGGGAUCUGUCACUUAGUUGGAUAUUGGAUAUAUUUGUAACUGGUCGGCCUCACGGUGACUCCUGGGUCGUUUUCAUUAGGGCACGUCGUAGCAAAAUGUAUUGAAAGCGAAAAUGACAGUUUCUUGUUGACCUCUGUCCCACGUUGACCUCUGUCCCACGUCUUCCAACCCCAGGUGCUGGAGGAUGUGACCGGGGAGGAGUUUGUGCUGCUGAUGCGCAUCCUGAUGGUGCUGAAGGGCCUGCAGACGGUGAGCGGGCGGCAGCAGCUGGUGGAGCUGGUUGUGGAGCAGGCUUUCCUGGAGCAGGCCCUGAACCCCGCUGACCCCGACACAGUGGACCGCCUGCUGCAGUGCACACGCCAGGCCCUGCCCCUCUUCUCUGUGAGUGAUACACACAACACCACAUAACACACACACACAUUAUAACACACACACACAGAUUAUAACACACAUACAGGCCAUAAUAAUAAUAUACUUAACUUAUUGAUUCAGGGAACAGUGAGUUCAUACCAGUUUAGUGUGUCCCUUGUGGAACCCGCGACCUUGGCUUUGCCAGCACCACACUCUUACCAAUUGAGGCAACUGCGAUCUCACCAGCACUCAAAAUACACACAGAAUCACCAAACACCGUGCUCACUGUCACCUCACACAUACUGUCAUUGUUUGCAAAUUGCUAAUGAUCUGUUUGUGCUGUUACUUCUCAUUGUUACUUUUCUACCUAUGCAUGUUUGUUGCUCAAGCUUCUGACCUGAUUUCACCAACUGCUUCAAGUUGACAACCCCCCCCCCCCCCCCCCCCCCCCCCCCCCCCCCUAUAACAAAUGUUCCUCUGAGAUAAACUUGAACUUCUUGAGCUUGAAAUUCAUUUUUUUUACCCUUACAGAAAAAUGUCCAUUCCACCCGUUUCGUCACCUACUUCUGUGACCACGUCCUGCCCAACCUCAGCUCCCUGACCAGUCCUGUGGCAGAGCUGGACAUUCAGCUGGAGGUCAGUUACCAUCCUCCUCUGUACCAACCAUACAGAGUUCAGGCAACAAGUCCUCCAUGUUGGCUCCAACAUGCCGGGGACAAUAGCUUUGACUUGUGUGUGUGUGUGUGUAGGUGCUGAAGCUGCUUGCUGAGAUGAGUCCGUUCUGUGGGGACAUGGAGAAGGUGGAGGCCAACCUCACCAUGCUGUUUGAGAAGCUGCUGGUAAGUAACUUCCUAGCUCAGCCUUCUAAUGGGGUUAGGUGUGAUUUCACCAUACUGGUAUCUCUCUGGUACCUUCUAAUGGGGUUAGGUGUGAUUUCACCAUACUGGUAUCUCUCUGGUACCUUCUAAUGGGGUUAGGUGUAAUUUCACCAUACUGGUAUCUCUCUGGUACCUUCUAAUGGGGUUAGGUGUGAUUUCACCAUACUGGUAUCUCUCUGGUACCUUCUAAUGGGGUUAGGUGUGAUUUCACCAUACUGGUAUCUCUCUGGUACCUUCUAAUGGGGUUAGGUGUGAUUUCACCAUACUGGUAUCUCUGCUGGUACCUUCUAAUGGGUGUAGGUGUGAUUUCACCAUACUGGUAUCUCUCUGGUACCUUCUAAUGGGGUUAGGUGUGAUUUCCACCAUACUGGUAUCUCUCUGGUACCUUCUAAUGGGGUUAGGUGUAAUUUCACCAUACUGGUAUCUCUCUGGUACCUUCUAAUGGGGUUAGGUGUGAUUUCAACCAUACUGGUAUCUCUCUGGUACCUUCUAAUGGGGUUAGGUGUGAUUUCACCAUACUGGUAUCUCUCUGGUACCUUCUAAUGGGGUUAGGUGUGAUUUCACCAUACUGGUAUCUCUCUGGUACCUUCUAAUGGGGUUAGGUGUGAUUUCACCAUACUGGUAUCUCUCUGGUACCUUCUAAUGGGGUUAGGUGUGAUUUCACCAUACUGGUAUCUCUCUGGUACCUUCUAAUGGGGUUAGGUGUGAUUUCACCAUACUGCGUAUCUCUAUAUCUAGGUGUUGAUUUUGGACCAGCUCACAUAACGGUCUGGUUUAUCAGACUGGUAAAAGGCCAGUGAACAAAACAGACAGUGCCGAAGUAUGAUGCCGAUGUUGGUUAUGGUGUGUUUUGCCCUUAACUGGUCCAGACUGGUAAAAGGCUAACUGGUCCACCCUUCCUCCCUGUGUCUAGGAGUUCAUGCCGCUGCCUCCAGAGGCGGAGGGUGAGAACGGCGAGAACACACUGAGCGACGAGCCCAAGCUGCAGUUCAGCUACGUGGAGUGUCUCCUCUUCAGCUUCCACCAACUGGGCAAGAAGCUGCCUGACUUCCUCAUCGACAAGAUCAAUGCCGAGCGCCUCAAAGACUUCAAGAUCAGGUAGAGGAGGAUUGCCCCGUAAGGUUUUGGCAACGUUCGUGUGUCUUUUUGUUAAGUCUUGGUGUGUUGUGGGAACGUUUGGCAUAUCAUUUAUUUUGGUCUUUGUGUUUUUGCCACCAUUUUCAUUUGCGUUCAUACGUUUUGACAAUGCUUCUGUUUCAUUUGUAUCAGUCUCUACUGUAGCGUGUGGAUGCCAGUAAUGUUAGUCUUAGUUUUUUUUUCUCUGUUCAGUCACAGUAAAAACCUUUACUGACAGACUUUACUGCAUGUUGCCUGUAAUUUUUAUCUGGCCCAGUUCAUAGUCCUAUUUUGACCACACUCUUGCCUGGAUAAGCCUUUUAUAUCUCCUGUGAACAUGCCGGCAAGUGUGGGAGUAGACGUGGGCCGAUGUGGGUGGACGUCUAUUUUAAUAAAUCCGUUGAAUAUACACCAUCACAAAGUAAUCCAUUAUUAGAUCGUUUUCGGCAGGUCCUAAGAAACAUAAGACUAUUCAAAUGUAUUUUCGAAAGAAUAGAAUGGCAUAUUUAGAGUUUAUUAUGGUACUGGUUAUUGCAGCCUAUAUGGCUGCGCCAUGCACAUGAAAUCAGUAGUUGUUUUGUUAAUAAAAACAGACGAGGCAUACUUGGGCAACCCUGAUCACAGUCGACACACACCUACAGUGAGCUCAAAGUAUUGGGACAGUGACACAUUUAGUUAUUUGUCUCUACUCCAGCUCUUUGGAUUUGAAAUGAUACAAUGACUGAGGUUGUAGUGGGCAGUAAUGUUUGAUAUGUGUAUAUUUAUAUAAACAUUCCAAUCGACUCAUAAUAAGACUAAGUAAUUACAUUUACAUUACAUUUACGUCAUUUAGCAGACGCUCUUAUACAGAGCGACUUACAAAUUGGUGCAUUCACCUUAUGAUAGCCAGUGGGACAACCACUUUACAAUUUUUAUUUAUUUAUAAAUUUUUAAAAAUUUAUUUUUAGAGUAUAUUUUAAAUUGGUUAUAUAUAUAUUUUUUUUAAAUGUGGGGGGUAGAAGGAUUACUUUUAUACUAUCCCAGGUAUUCCUUAAAGAGUAUUAAAAAGUAUUCCAAUUAGCACAUUAUUAUAAUAAUAUGCCACUUAGCAGACGCUUUUAUCUAAAGAGACUUACAGUCAUGCGUGCAUACAUUUUUGUGUAUGGGUGGUCCCGGGGAUCGAACCCACUACCCUGGCGUUACAAGCGCCGUGCUCUACCAGCUGAGCUACAGAGGACCACAUGAAUGAAUUGUCUUUAACUCCAUAGGAUAAACAGGAUUGUGCAAGGAGACUAUGGUUGACUUACAGUAGUAGGCAAUGAACAAAUGUCUGAAAAUGGAAUUCUAAAUACAAGUGUAUUUAAUUACGUUUAAAAUGAAUGGAUUCAUAUACAAGGCAUCAACUUAAGUUCCAAAGCUUUAACAAGCAUUACAAGGCAUUAUUCUAAGCAUCUGAGUUGUUUGGAUUCAAAAUCUGAGUUGUUGACCAAUAGCAUUACUGUAAAGUUAACCUCCAAUCAGAAUACAGAAUAUGACACCAAAUACUAAACUUUUGACUACUUUUAAUACACAUAUGUGAAUUUGUCCCAAUACUUUUGGUCCCUUAAAAUGGGGGGACUAUAUCUACAUAAAGUGUUGUAAUUUCUAAACGGUUCACCUGAUAUGGAUGAAAAUACCCUCAAAUUAAAGCUGACAGUCUGCACUUUAACCUCAGUCAUUGUAUCAUUUCAAAGAGCUGGAGUACAGAGACAAAACAACAAAUGUGUCAAUGUCCCAAUUCUUUUGGAGCUCACUGUAUUUUAUAGUAGACUAAGAAUAUAAUGAAAUAUAAAAGAAUAAAUUACAAACUAUAUUUUUCCCACAACUUCUAUCAUGGCAACGUGUGGAACUGCUGUCAUAUAAAAAAAGAAAAAAAAGAGCCCAAGGCAAGUCCAUACUUUCUUAAAUCCACGUUUCAUCUCUUUCCUACCCUGUCUCUGCCUUGUUAGGAAACAGGGGUGUAGGGUCUUACAUUGAGAGUAUCCUCAUCAUACCCUUAGAAAAUAAUAGCAAUCUAAUAGUUUCAAAAGCAUUUGAAUCUCGUGUUCAUAUUUCACACAGCUUUUGGAGUUGCCUACACGCGAUCGAGCAAAAUAAUAGGUCUACACUUGAUUUAGGCUACGUUAUAGCGUGCUAAAUGUUUCUGACCAGUGACAGAUGAGCUACACCACCUCCACUUUAUUUAGAAUGAACCAAAUAUACAGACGGAGAUUCAGUGAAACACAAUCACAUUGAUUAAGACAAGUCACAGGCUUCUGGUCGGCAGUAGGCCCAGGCUACUAAGAAGACUGUGAGCAAAAUGAUCCACUUGUUAAACUACAUAACAUCCUGGCAACAUGUUCUGAUCGGUGCUAAUAAAUAAUCCACUUGUUAAACUACAUAACAUCCUGGCAACAUGUUCUGAUCGGUGCUAAUAAAUAAUCCACUUGUUAAACUACAUAACAUCCUGGCAACAUGUUCUGAUCGGUGCUAAUAAAUAAUCCACUUGUUAAACUACAUAACAUCCUGGCAACAUGUUCUGAUCGGUGCUAAUAAAUAAUCCACUUGUUAAACUACAUAACAUCCUGGGAACAUGUUCUGAUCGGUGCUAAUAAAUAAUCCACUUGUUAAACUACAUACAUCCUGGCAACAUGUUCUGAUCGGUGCUAAUAAAUGAUCCACUUGUUAAACUACAUAACAUCCUGGCAACAUGUUCUGAUCGGUGCUAAUAAAUGAUCCACUUGUUAAACUACAUAACAUCCUGGCAACAUGUUCUGAUCGGUGCUAAUAAAUGAUCCACUUGUUAAACUACAUAACAUCCUGGCAACAUGUUCUGAUCGGUGCUAAUAAAUAAUCCACUUGUUAAACUACAUAACAUCCUGGCAACAUGUUCUGAUCGGUGCUAAUAAAUAAUCCACUUGUUAAACUACAUAACAUCCUGGCAACAUGUUCUGAUCGGUGCUAAUAAAUAAUCCACUUGUUAAACUACAUAACAUCCUGGCAACAUGUUCUGAUCGGUGCUAAUAAAUAAUCCACUUGUUAAACUACAUAACAUCCUGGCAACAUGUUCUGAUCGGUGCUAAUAAAUAAUCCACUUGUUAAACUACAUAACAUCCUGGCAACAUGUUCUGAUCGGUGCUAAUAAAUAAUCCACUUGUUAAACUACAUAACAUCCUGGCAACAUGUUCUGAUCGGUGCUAAUAAAUAAUCCACUUGUUAAACUACAUAACAUCCUGGCAACAUGUUCUGAUCGGUGCUAAUAAAUAUCCACUUGUUAACUACAUAACAUCCUGGCAACAUGUUCUGAUCGGUGCUAAUAAAUGAUCCACUUGUUAAACUACAUAACAUCCUGGAAAACAUGUUCUGAUCGGUGCUAAUAAAGAUCCACUUGUUAACUACAUACAUCCUGGCAAAAUGUUCUGAUCCUGGCAACAUGUUCUGAUCGGUGCUAAUAAAUAAUCCACUUGUUAAACUACAUAACAUCCUGGCAACAUGUUCUGAUCGGUGCUAAUAAAUAAUCCACUUGUUAAACUACAUAACAUCCUGGCAAAAUGUUCUGAUCGGUGCUAAUAAAUGAUCCAACUAGACAUUAUCAUGAGCAGUACUCAGCUCAACUUAGCUAACAUUUCCACAGCCUAAUUGUAGCCUAAACAAUAUCCAAACGGCGAUUCAGUGAAAAUACAAAUCUGAUGAUUUGAUUCCAUCAAGACCACUCUUGUCUCAAAGCAGCGAUAAACGGUGCUGAAAUAGUUGACCACGGGCGUAGGCCUAUUGCUUCAAUCAGAUGUAUUCUAACAAUUGAAUGACUUUAGGAGUUUCAGUAAGCAACAAUUUGAUGCCUUUAAUUGCAUUAGUCUACUUUAUUCCAAGGUUUUAGUCAUUCUGUGAUAUUUAUACCAACAGUCAUUCUUUAUGGAUCCAUCCAGUUGUGGUUAGGAAAACAGUGCACGUGGUGGGCUAUGCGAAGAGCUGGGGGAAGUGACAUGCCUCGCGAAGUUAGGACUGCCAGGAUGAUAGUAGUAACGCUGCCUAGCAACGAUCAGGAGCUUAAGAGCGUAGUGCUCAGCGUUACGGCUACCGUUCAUACUGAGCCCUAGGCAGAACUCUACCGUUCAUACUGAGCCCUAGGCAGAACUCUACCGUUCAUACUGAGCCCUAGGCAGAACUCUACCGUUCAUACUGAGCCCUAGGCAGAACUUUACCGCAAUACUGAGGCCCUAGGCAGAACUUUUUAACCGUUCAAUACUGAGCCCUAGGGGCAGAAACUCUACCGACAAUACUGGCGCCCUAGGCAGAAACCUUUACCGUUCAUACUGAGGCCCUACUAUGCAGGAACACUCUAACCGUCAUACCUGAGCCCUAGGGCAGAACUACUAAUCCGUUCAUACUGAGCCCUAGGCCAGAAACCUCCCGUAUACGAGCCCUAGGCAGAACUCCUACCGUUCAUACUGAGCCCUAGGCAGAACUCUACCGUUCAUACUGAGCCCUAGGCAGAACUCUACCGUUCAUACUGAGCCCUAGGCAGAACUCUACUCAACUAGAAAUCUACGUUCAUCUGAGCCCUAGGCAAACUUAAAACCGUUCAUACUGAGCCCUAGGCAGAACUCUACCGUCAUACUGACAGCAAUCUACCGUUCAUACUGAGCCCUAGCAGAACUCACGUUCAUACUGACCCUAGCAAACUCUACGUUCAUACUGAGCCCUAGGCAGAACUCUACCGUUCAUACUGAGCCCUAGGCAGAACUCUACCGUUCAUACUGAGCCCUAGGCAGAACUCUACCGUUCAUACUGAGCCCUAGGCAGAACUUUACCGCAAUCAUGACUAGGUCGGUUGGCAGAAAUUAAAGUAGAGGCUUUAUAGCAGACAAGACCUUUUCAUAUAUCGAGAAAAGUAGUCAGAAAGAUGCUGAAGGUGGGAGGAAAACGUCUUGGUUUGAAAGGUGUAUAACCCUAGUUUUGUUUUUUCUCUCCUGCCUCUAGAUUACAGUACUUCGCCAGAGGGCUGCAGGUAUACAUUCGCCAACUGCGAGUGGCCCUGCAAGGCAAGACGGGAGACGCACUGAAGACAGAAGAGGUAGCUAUUUAUCAUGGCUGUUGGCUAUUGGCUGUUUUGGUCUCCAAUGAUGCAUUGCUUUUUUUGAUUCUUGUUGACGGUGUCUCACAAGCCUCACAGUUGUGCUGAAUCAAUCAGGAGCUAUAUACAUUUCCAAUCACGUAUUCCUUCUGUUCUAUUGUCAGUAUUCCCUGAUUGGUUGUAUUGUCAGUAUUCCCUGAUUGGUUGUAUUGUCUUCCCAUCCAUCUCAGAACAAGAUUAAAGUGGUGGCUCUGAAGAUCACCAACAACAUCAACGUUCUGAUCAAGGUGAGGUGUUCGAAAUACUUGGUCAACCCUGAAACACACUUGGUCAACCAACACUAGCGAACGUUCUCAUUACUGUUCCUUUUCUCUGCAGGAUCUCUUCCACAACCCACCGUCGUACAAGAGCACGGUCACGCUGUCCUGGAAGCCCGUCCAGAAGGCUGAGGCUAUGGUGUAAGUCACGGGGAAUCUGGUGACCCAGAAUAUCGUGUUUCUGGGCGAGAUGUUCUUAACACUCUUAAAGAUACAUUACACUGUAAAAUCUAAAUGGGUCAGAUGUUUUCAUACCUCAAAAGUAGUCUUAAUGUCAAGAUGAGUUCAAUCCCAGGCCAUCUGUUUUCUAAAAUGAACUGAAAAGAUACGUACCAUGUAGUGUCCAGAUUUGCUGAAUCUACGCCACUUAUGGUGUGGGAAAACAUCUGACAAAUGUUGAUUUUGGAGUGUAAUGUUAAUUUAUGGGUUUCCAUCUCCUCUCAACUGACCUGCCCACAUCAAUGCAAUGAUCGAUUAAUGAAUUCGUAGUACGUUAUACAAGGACACUAGCAACUUCUCAGUACAAACACAAGCAAAUCUUCAGAUAACACACCAUUAGUGUUAGCGUUAUGACCCCAUGUGUCCUCGUCUCUAUGUGACCUUUUCCCUCUUUGCCCACCACAGUCUGAAGCGCCCGUCCGGGGAGGAUAUGGGUGCAGGCAGUACCAUGAAGAAGCAGCUGUCCCCCCCACUGCCCCGGAGGGACGCACGGCAGAUCUACAACCCCCCCAGCGGCAAGUACAGCGCCACCAUCGGCAACUUCUCCAACGGUGAGGGUGAUACUGGGGUGGCAUGUUAAACAGUAGCAGAACGUUGCACACUGAGCCAUAGUUGGAUUUUAGGGGCACCGGGUGGCAUGUUAAACAGUAGCAGAAUGUUGCGCAGACGUAGUAUCUGGGUUUUCUCAUAUGUUCUCUCACGUUUUGUGUCUCCUACAUAAAGUCGAAUGCACUUGGUGUAACUCUGGGUCAAGAUGAUCUACUGACUGAAGUGUCAGUAUGUUUGGGGCCAACUGAUCCUCUCCGACGUGUGUGUUGGAUAUUGUUCACUUCCUCCUUGUAUUGUGCCAUGUACACCCUUUCUGGUGGUGUUGGGUGACCGAGGUGCACAUGCUGACGAUUUGAUGCUAAAAUGUUGUUAACUUGUUAAUAGGAUAGUUAACCCAAAUGAGGCAUUGUUUUCAAGCUGAGCCCUCUGUUUCAUGUGAGCAGUUGAGAAAUCUUCUACUGAAUGGGAUGGAAUGGCAAUCUAAAUAUUACUAUCCUUUUGAGCUCUAACACACAAUGAGUAGGACCAGGAGUUUUUCCCCUGACCAUGUUAGCCGGUUAGUUUUUCAUUUUUUAUAGGCUGUUGGAUCCCCUCAAACACGCUAAAUAACUCAGAGGGCCCAGAGUUUUUCCCGGCCAGGUCUUACACGGUCGGGAAAAACUCCUGGCCCUUAUGAUGAGCCUCCAUACUGAUCCCCUGUCUGUUGUCCCCGUGUUGUGAUUCCAGAGCAGCGCGGAGGCUUCAGGGGCGGCCGAGGACGAGGAUUCGGAGGGAGGGGAGGCAGGAGCCGAGGCCGAAUCUACUGAGUCCAUCAUCCCACACACAUGCACACACUACACACACUGAACUGCAGCACAUCAGGAUCCCUGCCGUAACCAAGGGGGUCUCCAUGACCACCGCUCCUCAACCUGUCCCCACUUGUUCUUUUUCCUCUGUAGUUUUUUGGUUGUUUCCUGUAGUUUUUUCCCCUCCCUCUUAGAGGAAAUCCACUUCAAGGAGACUGGGCUUUGA